GAGUAACCCACCUCGCCCCCCUCCGGUCACAAAUGGUAUGACUCCUGUAUGCUGGGACGACUGUGUACAAUAUUCUCGUUGGUGUUACACGGCUUAGAAUACACAACACUCAAAACGGCUCAAAAUUCAAGAAUGGUGGCUAACUUCCACCCCCGCCAGACUGAGAGCACGUUGAACGGACUGUACAUCCCCAGUAUCACCGAUACGCUGGACAGUAAUGUGAAUGGCAGUAUGCAGGGUAGCAUGUCCAUGGCACAGAUGGGUGGAAUGGGUCAUCCUCCUGAUAUUAAGCCUGACAUUUCUGCCCUGACUUCACCCACUAGUACGCACGGUGGUUUCUAUGGCUUCAGCCAUGGCAUCCCCUCCAUGCCAUCAUCAACACAGCCAUCACCUGGCCAUCCAGGACCGAUGCACUCACCUCCUCUCCACUCCCCUACAUCAUCCAUGGGAUCUCCUUUAGGAUCACCCCCAAUGUUGUCACUAGGCGGAGGACCUUCUCCAUCACCUCCGGGCAUGGGAAUGGCACAUUCCUCCCUAACCAAUAAACAUAUCUGUGCCAUCUGUGGUGAUAGGGCUUCUGGUAAACACUAUGGUGUAUAUAGCUGUGAGGGUUGCAAAGGCUUUUUCAAGAGAACUGUCAGGAAAGAGCUGACAUAUGCAUGCCGAGAUGACAAGAACUGUAUGAUUGACAAGCGUCAGCGCAACCGCUGCCAGUAUUGCCGAUAUAUGAAGUGUCUCUCCAUGGGAAUGAAGAGAGAAGCUUUGUUGGCAGCCGUACAGGAGGAGAGGCAACGUGUGAAGGAGAAGGGGGAAGAAGUAGAGAGUACCAGUGGAGCCAACAAUGAUAUGCCCACAGAGCAGAUUCUGGAGGCUGAACUGGCAGUAGAACCUAAGAUUGACACUUACAUUGACACACAGAAGGAUCCAGUGACUAAUAUUUGCCAAGCAGCAGACAAGCAACUGUUUACAUUGGUUGAGUGGGCUAAGCGCAUACCUCACUUCACAGAGUUACCUCUCGAGGACCAGGUGAUCCUCCUUCGAGCAGGAUGGAAUGAACUGUUGAUCGCAGGAUUUUCACAUCGGUCUAUUGCUGUAAAGGAUGGCAUACUCUUGGCAACUGGCCUUCAUGUACAUCGCAGUUCUGCACAUCAGGCAGGGGUUGGUACAAUCUUUGACCGAGUGCUCACAGAGCUGGUAGCCAAGAUGAGAGAGAUGAAGAUGGAUAAGACAGAACUUGGCUGUCUGCGAGCCAUUGUACUCUUCAAUCCUGAUGCUAAAGGUCUGUCUGCAGUGCAAGAGGUUGAACAAUUGAGAGAAAAAGUUUAUGCAUCUCUGGAAGAGUAUUGUAAAACUCGCUAUCCUGAUGAGCCAGGCCGCUUUGCCAAACUCUUACUCAGAUUACCUGCUCUGCGCAGCAUUGGACUUAAAUGCUUGGAGCACCUGUUCUUCUUCAAGCUAAUUGGAGACACACCAAUAGACACUUUCCUGAUGGAGAUGCUAGAAAAUCCUAGUCCUGCUACAUAGCCAGCUUGCUGAGCCACUGUCAGACAGUGUCAGUGUGGGUAGUUGCAGGAGUGUGGGGUAUUGUCUGUCGGUCUCGAAGGGAGACUCACUGUCAUAAUAUUGAGCUGUGAAUACCAUCUAGCUGACAGGCUUCAGGACAGGCAUUCAACAUAAUGGGAAGGAGACUUGAAUAUUGAAGUGCUAGUAUUGUGCUGGAUCUCUUGCAUUGCCCAGAAUAUAUUGGGACUUCAUUAUGUGAAACUCUAGGGGGUACAUAGUACCACACAUUAGGCAAGAAUGAUCAUAGUUGGUAAAGCCUUCUUAAGAUAUAAUGUUAUGUUCACACUAGGGACAUGACCUAGGUAAUUUUGAUAGUGGUAAGUCAUGAUCUGUAAUUGCAAAUAUGGGCAAUAAUUUUCACUGUAACUGGGUAAAACCGGUAUCACAGAUCGAAAAUCACUCUAAAAAACGUCGUAACUAUGUAACAUAAUAUCCUUCGUUUUGAUCUGUAAAAUGUGUUGAAUCUGCCUAACAUAUGUAUGAUAUACAAAACUAUAACCUGUCAAAACAUGCAAAGGGUUUUGAAAACCAUACCAUUUUCUAACGAAUAUCUUGAAUUGUGCUCUGUAUUUCAAGCAUAUGUGUUUGAACUUUCUAUUCAUGUUUUUGGUUCUGUCUGGUCAUCUUGUUACAGUAUAGUGUUAUUUAGUUUUACUGUAUUCUUUUUGCCUUUCUGAAUGCGAAGAAAGACACUACUACAUUGUAUAUACCAUAUCUGUAUAGUUGUAUUAUUGAUUUCCUUGUGUACAUACAUGUAUCUAUGUAGGACUGUAGUUUCGAUGCAGUUAAUGUCAUAUUGACUGUAUUUGGAGGAUGGGGGAUGGUGUCAUAAUUCACACAGUACCAAGUUUACAUACCCUGUCUACCUGCAUGCUUGUCUGCUAUCAAAAACAAAAGUCAUGUCUGUCUAGCAAUAUAUAGGGCAGCUGUGUUCAUUGGCCAUUGUUAAUGGUAACACUUUUAGAAUUCAGUUGAAAUACUCAAAAGUGUGGUGAGGAGGAGAUGUUUUGUGAAUGUGUUAAUCACGAGUGUUAUCUUAGCAAGCAUAUUGUGACAGUUUAUAGUUUUCCAAUAAGAAUAUCAUCAUGAGUAUGUCUAGUAUUUUAUUAUAUAUAUAUAUAUAUGUAUAUGUAUAUAUAUAUAUAUAUAUAUAUAUAUAUAUAAUGUAUGUAUGUGUGUGUGCAAAUUUAGUAAGUUGGAUUUUGGGAGCAUCUCGCUUGUAGAUUUUUUGUAUGCAAAUAAUCUGUGAAAUGGCAUUUAUAUACAUUAUACAUGUAAUGAAUUGCAGUUUUGUUGUGACAGCAUAAAGGUGACACUGUUGAACAGCUGUGAUCCGUAAUUAUAUUUAUUACUGUUGCUGGCAGGGCAAUACUUGCUGCUGACAAAUACAGUCCAUAUUGUGAAACAGUGAAUGUAUCUUUUUGGGCGGCUUGUUUGUGGCACAUUAGAUUAUUCUUGCAUAUUGUAAGCUACCUUGUUUACUGCUUGGAAAAAUAUGUCUGCUUGUUUAAAUCACACUUUACAAUGUUCUUACAUGUUGUAAUUUACAUCUCUCUUAAAUUUGUCAAUUACUGAAAGUGAUUCAUCAUGUUAACUGUUUGUUUUUUGUGAAUGAUGAGGCCAUAACAGCUUGUGAUCUGUUUAUGUUUAUGAAUCUAUCGACAAGGAAAAUUAUUCAUAUAUGUUGCAGGAUAUAGAAACACAGGAGUUCCAUUGCUAUUUGGUCGUAUUUUGCUGGUUAUCCCUACGACAUAUUUUGCAACCAAUUGCUUGUAUGCUGUCAUACUUUGUCAUUGCUGUUAAUUCUGUAGCUAAUCCAUCUUUUAAAACCAUUAGGCAAGUUAUUGUCAUGUUGGUGCUCUUUAGGAAGAACAUGUAUGCUCAUGUUGGUUGGAUUUUUCAUGUUAGUAAGUCUUCAGAUAAAAUGGGCACCAUAGACAUCUGUCCUGUUAAUCAUUAGAGCCAUAUUCAAUUGAGCAGAGUGCAUCUCAACGGGUAUUUUGCAGAAACUUUGGAUUUGUGAUAGUCCAGAUGAUCUAGAUUCAUGUAAUUUUGAUGGCUCAGAUUUGCAUAAUAUAGAAAUAAUGAAAUUCUCGACACUGCUUGUUUUCCUCACUGAUACAAUGUCAAGUUUUUAAUAUUGUAAAGGAGUAUGGUAGUAUAGUGAGCUGUGCAUGAAUGGUUCUAUGCCUUGCUUGACCUCCAGUAGGUCAUGUCACUCUUGUCAACUGCAUACAUGUCACAAUCACCAACAAUAAAAUUAUGAAAAAAACUUC